AUGGCCUUUUCCUCCUCUCAGCCAGCCGCAGGCUUUGGCAGCACCCAGGCGGGAAACGUUCAACUCGGCCCUGAGCUACAGGAAAUCCAGACUCAGGAAGUUGGCUUCCUCUCCAUCGCUGGAGACUCGAAAGUCAGACUUCUCCCCACGCCAUGGCCAAACGACGCUCUUCCUCCCCCCACUUGCUCUUUGUUGAGCGUAGCAUCUGUAAAAGGCCUGCUCGCGGCUGCUGGGCCUGAAGGUCUUGUAAUAGCAAGCACAGAUGCUGUCAGAAAGGCUUAUACCGCCGAUGCGACUGGAGACAGUAAUAUUAGGCCCUUUCAACCGCAACUACAAAUUUCGCUCCCACAAAAAGUGUCGCAUGUGGCAUUCUCCGCAGACGAGAAUGUACUUGUUGUAGCUGCUGCAGAUGGCAGUGGCUUGAUUGCAUACGAAGUAGCGGCGUUGAUGCAAGGCAACUCACAAUCAGCCCUUACUCUUGCUUUGAAUGGUGCCAGGCUCCGAGCUCUGGCUCCAAACCCCGCGCUUGCAGAAUUGUUUGCCGCUGUAACUACGGAUGGCGAGCUGUUGAUGGCAAAUUUGCAAACUAAUCAGCUGGUUCAAGGCCCCUCGGGCCCUGUUUUAAAAGCCGGUGUGAGCUGUGUUUCAUGGAGUAACCGGGGGAAGCAAUUAGUGGCUGGAUUGGGGAAUGGAACUGCAUCUCAAAUGACUCCUGAAGGGGAACUGAAGGCGGAGAUCCCUCGACCUCCAGAUUUGGAUGGGGAUAAGCAUGUGUCUUCUAUUUCGUGGCUCGAGAAUAAUGUCUUUUUAAUUGUUUAUACCCCAACGUCUUCACCCGAAAGUCAACCGGAAUCAACAUACUACAUUAUAAAUCGCCAACCACCAGAUAAUUAUACAUUCCAAAAGCUUCCGGAGGUCUGCCCACCUUGGGGCCUUGAGCGGAACCCCGCCUACCAAUUUAUCUGCCGUUUGAGAGAUUUUAAGCCCGAUCUCAAAGAUGUAUUGAUUGUCUCUUCGACCGCUUCAACAGAUAUAGGCCUCUUUACGAAAUCUAGCAAACCACUAGCCGAGGAAGGGGGUACACCCGUCACUGAUGCAUUCACUGUUACGACAAUGUCCGAAGAUUCAAGGAGAGCCGAACUUCCCCUAACAGAUGAUUCGGAAAAUACUUCCCCUGUUGGGCUUGCAAUUGACUUGUCGAGUAAAGAUACUGUUUCCUCUCCCAUUCCUGGAGAAGAUAUUCAGGAUUCUGGAACUCCUCUACCCAUGAUUCUCGUUCUCAAUAAUGAUGGGGUAUUGUCGUCCUGGUGGUUUGUGUAUUCCGAGUCGGUUCGACAGCGCGUGCCAUAUCAUGAUCUUGUCGCAGCUGGGGGUGGACAACCGGUACAACAAGCACAACCACAGCAGACCGCUUUAGGCUCGUCGAUGUUAGGCCCUCAAACACCCAAGCCAGCUUUUGGGCAAUCCCCUUUCGGACAGUCCUUGCUCGGACAAUCUGCUUUCGGACUAUCGUCAACGUCUCCAUUUGGGUCUCCCUCGGGGCCAGGGGCCAAUCGACCGCCUCCUUUCGGGACCCCGUCUGCGCUUGGUUCACAAACUUCUUGGGGUACACAGGGAUUUACCCAGUCUCAAUCACCCAGCCAGCCAACUGGUGGUUUUAUCUCACUCACUCCUUCAUUUGGCAGUCCAAGCUUGUUGGGUCAGAGAUCCUCUCCGUUCGGUCAGCCACCUCUCGUGGGUAAAACAACCACUACAUCUCCAUUUGGGUCCGGGUUUGGCGCGUUUAGCGGUACUUCUGGCGAUACAGGUACAGAUACGAGUAAAUUCUCCAGAAAACCAGUUAGUGGUUCCGGUGGAGGGUUCGGCUCAUUUGCAGCUGCUGGUGACAGUUUUGCUACUGUUAAAGCUACUCAGCCUUCCGGAGGGAGCAUUUUCGGAAAACCUCCUGCUGGUGAUAUCCCAUUUGCGAAAGCUGGACAGCCGCUUUUUGGUUCUGUGAACACUCGUUCUGGAUUCAAGCCAGACACGACGACCACCAUGGAUGAAGAUAAGCCAGAGGAAACAAAGGGGGCAUUUUCUUUUGCGGGUUUGAUGAACUUCGAUCAGGCCACUGAGAAAGAGCCCGUUGUCCAGCCUACAACUUCUCCUCCGCUAUCUUUACCUACCAUCGCCUCCCCUCCUCCUCCUCCCCCUCCUCCCGAACCAUCUAUCCCAGAAGCUCAAAAACCUCUAAGAGGUCUACCAACUCCCACAAAUUUGUUUGGUGCGACGCAGCCAUUGAAACCUUCGCCGCUCGCUCCAGCGAAGGAUUCAACAUCGCUCUUUGGAAAACUUCCGGCCUCUAUCGCACCACCUAAGGCCCCUGAACAGUCCUCACUACCGCCUCCUUCAUUACCAGAUGAAAGUAGCCUAUCGGAAUCUACAGUCAAAGUCGAACUACCUAGUGACCAGGAGGAGGCACCAAUGCCAAAAUUGGCUGAGCCCCCCCUCCCCCCAGAUCCAACAAGCAGAGCCACUUACGCCCCUGGAGAUACAUCAGCUUCUUCAUCGAACGUAUCCAAAGUUUCGUAUGAGGAAGCACCAUUGCCACCGGAUUUCAUCUCUUCAAUGAAGGCAGAGACUUUGAAAGAAGUUGCAGUUGCGUUGCCUGCAGAAUCUGAUCAAGAGGAAUCAGCGGAUUUUGAAGAUAGCGGAGAAGAAGUGGCUGGUGAAUUUAGUCCCGUAGAAGAGCCCGCCGAACAGCGCGUUCAAAGUCUUAAGACGUCGCCUGAAAGCUCAUUUGGUGGGCCUAUUCUGGGAAGUCCGGGUAGUUCUGUGUUCACAAAGACUCCGUCAUCGGUCCAGCAGCCAAAGGAAUCAAGGCAACUUUUCGGAGAAAUUACACAACCGAUUUUCCCCGCACCUGGGCUACCAGAUGGCCGCAUACGUUUAGCGCCAAGGUCACCGAGCCCAGUCCGUCGGGCUCUCCUAGGGCAAUCCUUAGCAAGAGAUGGCUUGCGAUCUACUAGCGCACCUAGCGCACCUGGUCGUGCUUUGGCUCAAAGAAAAGUGACUCUCGAGAGUUCUAUGCUAUCGAAACAAAUCACGCCACCAGCAGAUGAUGAAGACCAAACGGAAGAUCUUAGCCGCCAAGCCCAGCGGUUAGCGGCUGAAUCUCAACCACUGAGCGAGGAUGACGAGGAUGAGCAACUCCGGGCUGAUCUAGCGCGACCUCUAUCCCCAGCACCCACGUUGGAUCCCUUCCUUUCACAUCAGGAUUACACAGGAAAAAGUUUGAAGCCUGGAAUACCCGGGCAAAUUGAGCGGUUAUACCGCGAUAUCAACUCGAUGAUUGACACCCUAGGGAUCAAUUCAAGAUCUCUAUCGGCGUUCUUGCUAUAUCAACGCACAGCUAAAGAAUCCAAUUACGAAGACUGGCUAACCAUUCUGCAAAGUGAGCAGCCAAGUCAUAUUUUAGAAGAGCAGCUCCUUUUAUCCGAGGUCGACAAACUGGAGGCAGGUAUCAAGGCAUUAGAUACCUCACUACAGCAACAGCAAUUGCAAAAAGUCGAAGAAUCAUUGGAAACCUGCCAACGGCUCUUCAGCAAAGAUCUCGUGACUCUACGCGGCCAGUGCGCGAGCCUACGACGAACUAUUGACGCUCACGUCGACACUGUGGCCAUCGUUUCAGCGCCCCUCUCAGCCGACCAGGCCAUGUUGCAACAAGAUUUGCGACAAGCUUCCACGGCGGUACAAUCGAAAAUGGCCAAUCUAGAGAGAGAGAUUUCCAUCAUCCGCGCCAAGAUCGCCGAUUCCGCCAAACCAGAUUCCGACGGUACGAGCAUCAACGGCUCCGCCAGACGCAGGUCCAUGGCACGACCUACCGUCGAAGCUGUCACAUCAACCAUCGCGACCAUGACCAACAUGGCCGAGAAGAAAAGCGGUGACAUUGACGUUCUCGAAGCUCAACUUCGGAGGCUUGGCAUUGACGUCUCCGCCGCAAGUGGUCGUGGAGCGGGCCCAGGUUCUGCGAGAUCCAAAAGCCGUGAAGCUUCACCAUUCCUCACGCCGCCGCGGGGACAGCGGGGGCUUUCCAAGCUACCCGUCACGCCCGGCUCGCGGGGUUCCGUGGACGGCGCAGUUGGAGCGAGGAGCGCGUACCAUACCCCUGAGUCUGCUACGAGGGCUCAUGUACAUUUCCGGUCUAGUUUGCUUAGCAGUGCUGGGAAGAAGAGCUCGCUGCAGAAUGUUAGUGGGCCUGGUGAUUUAGUACUUGGGGCAGAGGAAGACACGCAUCGGUGGAUGGCUAAGAAUAAACGCCGACAGGAGAUUGUGGAGCAUGUGCGGACGGCAUUGGUGGAUCGGAGCUGGAAGGCCAAAGUGAGAGGGAUGGAUGAGAUAUGA